AUGAUCCACACUGUCGAGCGGAGGCCGCCUUCUCUUCAAACAGGAAGAUAUCCACUUCAUAUCCGAUGCCGUGAUUUUGUUAUCGUAACUCUAGCGAUGCUUAAGGACGGAGAGGCGCAAUAUGUUUAUGAUUAUAUACAGAAAUACACGUGUGUCGACUCGACUGAGAAGCUUCUUGCCUUCAGAUUCAGACCCAUUACACCGUACACAUCAACAUCAGGAUGGAGUGUUUAUGACACAGCAAGAGAGUAUUCUCGUAUGGGUGUUGGCGAAAAGACAGGAAACUGGCGUAUAUCAACCCUUAACAGAGAUUAUAAAUAUUCUCCGACAUAUCCACGGUUCUUAGUUGUCCCAACAAAGAUUACCGACGCUACUCUCAACUAUGCAGCUAAAUACCGAAGCAAGGCCAGAAUUCCGGUGUUAUCAUACCUGCAUUGGAGCAAUAUGGCGACUAUUACUCGAAGCAGCCAGCCGAUGGUUGGGUUCAAGCAAGCCCGGUCUAUUCAGGAUGAAAAGCUGAUCGAAGCAAUUUUUGCGUCUAAUGUACCUGUAGUACCAAGUGGACAGACUCUUUAUGGUUCCACGGCGGUAAACAUGAUUGUAGAUGCACGUCCAAUGGCAAAUGCAAUGGGAAAUGUGGCAAGAGGAGCAGGGACAGAGAAUAUGGAAAAUUAUCGGAACUGUAAGAAGAUUUAUGUUGCAAUUGAGAAUAUCCAUGUUAUGCGAGACAGUCUAACAAAGAUGGUGGAUGCUAUGCAGGGGAUUGACAAUGGUGGACAGGUCAACCGAGUUGCACUCCAAAGGUCAAAUUGGCUCAAGCACAUCAGUACUGUCCUAGACGGAGCGUUGUCUAUCGUAAAGAGUGUGCAUGUAUACAACUCUCAUGUCUUGGUACAUUGUUCGGAUGGGUGGGAUCGAACAGCCCAAUUGGUAGCCAUCAGUGAGAUUUGUCUCGAUCCUUUUUAUCGUACGUUUGAAGGAUUCCAAGUACUGGUAGAGAAAGAAUGGGUAUCCUUUGGACACAAAUUUGCUGAUCGAUCGGGGCACCUUUCAAACGAGAAAUGCUUUGUAAAUCUGGCGCACACAGGCGGUAAUGCAGCUACCAAUACAAUCAAGGACAUGCAGAACAAGUUCUAUAAAUCCAAUUACUACCAACGAGAGACCAGUCCAGUCUUCCACCAGUUCCUUGAUUGUCUCUAUCAGCUCAUGCAGCAGUUUCCAACCAGGUUUGAAUUCAAUGAGGCGAUGUUGAUAGAGCUGCAUUACCAUCUCUAUUCGUGUCAGUUUGGCAACUUCUUGUUUAAUUGUGAAGCGCAACGCUCGGCCCAUCUUGUCCAACAAAAAACACAAUGCAUUUGGGACUACUUUAACACAGAAAAGGACCGCUUCUUGAACGAUCUGUUUGAUCCCAUGAAGGACCAUGAUUUGGUGGAUGGCGGAGGAGUAUUAUUCCCAGAUACGCACAAUACCAAGUAUUGGUCUGCUCUUUUCAGACGCAAGGAAGAUGAGGUUAAUACACCAAUUGUGUAUGGUAUCCAGGAUCAGAAUGAUGAUCAUCCAUUGGCUUAA